AUGGUGCUUCUCUCUGAAAAUGCUUCCGAAGGCUCCAACUGCACCCACCAGCCAGCACCGGUGAACAUUUCUAAGGCCAUUCUGCUUGGGGUAAUCUUGGGGGGCCUCAUCAUCUUCGGGGUGCUGGGGAACAUCUUAGUGAUCCUUUCGGUCGCCUGUCAUCGGCAUCUGCACUCAGUAACUCACUACUACAUAGUCAACCUGGCCGUAGCCGACCUCCUCCUCACCUCCACCGUGUUGCCCUUCUCUGCCAUCUUCGAGAUCCUGGGCUACUGGGCCUUUGGCAGGGUCUUCUGCAACAUCUGGGCGGCGGUGGACGUCCUGUGCUGCACGGCGUCCAUCAUGGGCCUCUGCAUCAUCUCCAUCGACAGAUACAUUGGCGUGAGCUACCCGCUGCGCUACCCUGCCAUUGUCACCCAGAGGAGGGGCGUCAGGGCUCUGCUCUGCGUCUGGGCGCUUUCCCUGGUCAUCUCCAUCGGACCGUUGUUCGGCUGGAGGCAGCCGGCUCCUGAGGACGAGACAAUCUGCCAGAUCAAUGAGGAGCCUGGCUACGUGCUGUUCUCCGCGCUGGGCUCUUUCUACGUGCCACUGGCCAUCAUCCUGGUUAUGUACUGUCGGGUCUACGUGGUAGCCAAGAGGGAAAGCCGGGGCCUCAAGUCCGGCCUCAAGACCGACAAGUCGGACUCAGAGCAAGUGACGCUCCGUAUCCACCGGAAAAAUGUCCCCGCAGAAGGCGGCGGCGGGCUGAGCAGUGCCAAGAAUAAGACUCACUUCUCCGUGCGGCUGCUCAAGUUUUCCCGGGAGAAAAAAGCAGCCAAGACGCUGGGCAUCGUGGUGGGUUGCUUUGUCCUCUGCUGGCUGCCCUUCUUCCUAGUGAUGCCCAUUGGGUCCUUCUUCCCGGAUUUCAAGCCUCCGGAAACCGUUUUCAAAAUAGUAUUUUGGCUCGGGUACCUCAACAGCUGCAUCAACCCCAUCAUAUACCCAUGUUCCAGCCAAGAGUUCAAGAAAGCCUUUCAGAAUGUCCUGAGAAUCCAGUGUCUCCGCAGAAGGCCGUCUUCCAAGCAUGCCCUGGGCUACACCCUGCACCCGCCCAGCCAGGCUGUAGAAGGACAGCACAGAGACAUGGUGCGUAUCCCGGUGGGCUCGGGAGAGACUUUCUAUAAGAUCUCCAAAGCGGACGGAGUCUGUGAAUGGAAGCUUCUCUCUUCCAUGCCCCAGGGAUCAGCCAGGAUUACAGUGCCGAAGGACCAAUCUGCCUGCACCACCGCCCGGGUGAGAAGUAAAAGCUUUUUGCAGGUCUGCUGCUGUGUGGGGUCCUCGACCCCCAGCCUUGAAGAAAAUCACCAGGUUCCAACCAUUAAGAUCCACACCAUCUCCCUUGGCGAAAACGGGGAGGAAGUCUAG